UUUGAAAUUUGGAUAGAAAGAGAAAGAAAUGUACAGCUUAGCCGGUAGGUUGCCAAAGACCGUUAGGUUUUACCGGCAAUUCAAAUAAUAAACUACCGGGAAACUAAACUUACAUUUAAUUCAACUCCCAAAAUACAAAAACACAAAACAGAGGAACACAUAGCAGUUUUUUCAUGGAAGAAUUUGGAGAAGAUCAUGUGAUAAAAAAUAAUGGAUACAUUUCUCCAUCAUCAUCUCCUCCAACUCCACCAUCACCUCUUCCCAUUAGUGUAGGACCCGGUAACCAAAAGUACUCAUUUUCGCCGUCUCCAUCGCCCUCGCCGCCCUUCUCACCGCCUUCUUCCAGCCACGGCUCAGCUAACAACCUCCCCUUCUUGCUGGAAACCUUGUCCACGCCUGCAACAGCCCAGACGCCAUCAGCAUUUUCUUUGGAUAGAAGAGCCCCGGAUAAGCCAUCUGGUGAUUCCAAUUCAUGCCUUACAGAAUUGUUGUAUCUUUUGUUGAUGUUGGCGUCUGAGAGUUUGCAAAAAGUGGAAGAAUCUUCUUCUGCAUCUUCGUCGUCUUUGUCUUCACCUUCAUCUGAAAUUACAGCUGUUAGAGGGGCUGAUGAUUUGCAAAAUCUUGAUGUCGAUGAAACUAGCCAUUUGAUGAAUGCUGACCAACCACAAUGCCGUAUAUGUUUUGAUAUUGGAGGAGAAGACUUGAUUGCACCAUGCAAUUGCAGAGGCACUCAAAAGUAUGUUCAUAGAUCAUGUCUUGAUCAUUGGAGGUCAACUAAGGAAGGUUUUGCUUUUUCUCACUGUACAGAGUGCAGGGUAGCAUUCCUAUUACGUGCUAAUGUUCCAGCUGACCGCUGGUGGUUGAGAUUGAAAUUUCAAUUCCUUGUUGCUAGGGACCAUGCAUUCAUUUUUGUAGUUGUUCAGCUUAUUGUGGCAUUGUUGGCGGUGCUGGUGUACAAAUUUUACGGGGAGGAACUAAGAGAAAUGUUUGGUUAUGAUCAGCAUCCUUAUGGGUUCUAUAUUAUGGCUGGUUUAGCUAUUGUUUUGGUGGGUUUGCUCUAUGGUUUCUUCAUAGCCAUAAUAUGUGGACAGAGGAUUAGUGAACGCCACUACCAUGUUCUGGCCAUACAAGAACUAACAAAGGAAUAUGUGGUGGAGGACCGGGAAAGUAACAAAAAUGUCCCUGAACUUGAUCAGAGCCAUAUCUCAGAGCUAAGAAUGUUAGGCCUUUACUAAUUUGGAAGUAUGAGGAUUCCACAGUUCUUUAUGUAAGCAUCUAUAACUUUGUAUGCUUUCACAUUUUCCCUCGCAUGCGUUUCCCACUUCUGUCUAGAUUAAAGAUGCCCACAUGCAUGCAUAUGUGUAUUUGCACGUAAUUGCCUCCUCGUUCUUUUUUGGUUGUUCAUCCUUCUAGUUAGAUUGAUUCCAGAUUCCCCAAAUACAUAUCAAAUUCUCUGUUAUUGCCUUCUCGAUUUCAUGUUUAACAAAUUCUGGAGAACUGAUGAACUUUUUGUUUCCAAUCAGCUGCUACAAUUUUUCCCUCAGUUACUUUCUGUUCACUGGCUUUCCUAGCCAUUCAUGUUAUAUAUUAAAGCUUCAUCCUUGUGAUUUCUUUCAUUAUAA